AUGUCCCUGCGAGCAGAUGCUCCACGGUGUGGCGGGGUGGCGGUUGAGUUUGAGUCUGAAGACUUCAGGGACACAAGAGCCAACAAGGCUAAACGUUCACCAGGGUCAGCUCUUAUCUACCUCAAAGGUCCCAAAUUUCUGAUCUAUGUCAGUGGUGCAUUGUCAAUGUGGGGUGACCGCAUGUGGCACUUCGCAAUCUCUGUGUUCCUGAUUGAGCUGUAUGGUCGUAACCUGCUGUUGACUGCGGUGUUUGGGUUGGUGGUAGCUGGGUCAGUGCUCCUUCUUGGUGCUCUCAUCGGAGACUGGGUUGAUCGCAAUCCCAGGAAUAAAGUUGCACAUGCAUCACUAUUCAUUCAGAACAUCUCAGUGACAGUGUGUAGCAUUGUGCUCAUGUUGGUGUUCUCAUAUAAGCACCGGAUUGAACAGAUCUGGGAUGGAUGGCUUACUGUGGUUUGUUAUACGGUGGUCAUCAUCCUGGCAGAUGUGGCAAACCUUGCAAGCACAGCACUGACCAUUGCCAUUCAGAGGGACUGGAUUGUGGUUAUCACAGGCUACAACCGCGGUCACCUUGCUGGGAUGAAUGCGACCAUGAGGCGGAUUGAUCAGGUGACUAACAUCCUGGCCCCACUCGCAGUGGGACAGGUCAUGACCCUGGCCUCCAAUGUAGUUGGCUGUGGAUUCAUCCUCGGGUGGAACCUUGUGUCUCUCAUAGUGGAGUUCAUCUUCCUGUCGCGGGUGUACCGCAUUGUCCCUGCUCUCUCAAUCAAACCACCAGCGGAGGAGGUGGAUCAGGCCAAUGAGCAAAUGAGGGAGAUGAGAGGGCUACAAGGGACAGAUGAUGCAAGAGAACCUUCAUCUCCAACAGAAGACAACUGCAGCAUGAGUCUCCAUCUGAAAGAAAUCACCAACCUGCCUCUGUGUUUUCAACGAUUCCGCUGGCUGCUGAGCACCUGUAAGGAUGGCUGGAGGGCCUACUAUCGGCAGCCUGUCUUCCUGGCAGGCAUGGGCUUGGCCUUCCUCUACACCACAGUGCUGGGCUUUGACUGCAUCACCACUGGCUACGCCUACACUCAGGGCAUAAGCGGCUCUCUCCUGAGUGUGUUGAUGGGUGUGUCAGCGAUCACAGGUCUCAUGGGCACUGUGAUGUUCACCAAACUGAGGAAGGCCUACGGCCUGGUUAACACAGGCAUCAUCUCCAGUUGCCUCCACCUGGGCUGCUUACUGCUGUGUGUGUGCUCUGUGUUUGCCCCGGGCAGCCCCAUGGAUCUUAGCUUGCUGAUGCCCUACAUUAACACAAACUCUUCUGAGGUUGGUGGGAUGGCAAGCCAAAGACAAAAGCACACCUAUCCUCUGAGGGUGGGCAAUAAUCAGCCACUGCUACCUGACCGUUCGUCCAUCCACUGGACCAACAACACUGUGCUCUUCGACAACGUGCCCUCUGGCACAGCGCCAGAAUCCUACAUUUCCAUUAUCCUGCUGUUCUUGGGUGUCAUCACAGCACGCAUCGGUCUGUGGUCCUUUGACCUGACAGUGACCCAGCUCCUGCAGGAGAACAUCUGUGAGUCAGAGAGGGGUGUGGUCAACGGUGUGCAAAGCUCUAUGAAUUACCUGAUGGAUCUGCUCCAUUUCAUCAUGGUCAUCUCUGCUCCACAGCCACAGCACUUUGGCAUUCUGGUCAUCAUCUCUGUCUUGUUCAUCACCACUGGACACACCAUGUACUUCCUGUAUGCACGCAAAGCCAAGAGAAAACAAGGCCUUGACACGUAA